GCUAUAUAUCCUUGUAUAGUAAAUUGGGUCUCCAUCAGCAAUCCUUCUUGACCAACAGUCUUGGCAAGUUCUUGUUCUCGGGUGCGUAGACGAGGAAAAAAGAUCUCGACUCUUCUCUACCAAAUAUUAGCUACUGGCAACUAGUCGGCGUAUUGACACAACCGCGCACGUACAUAUCCGCAAUCAAAAUCAUCGGUCUCUGUCGAUCUGAAACUUGGUCUCUCUUUGUGUCUUACAUCCCUUCUCUAUACCGCUUGCGCCACCCUUCGCCCAGCGAUCCCUGCAGAAGGAAUUGACCAACACGCAUCACAAUCUGACAGGAUUUAGCAUGGGUCCUACAUCCCAGCUUCGUCAAUUCUACAUUCCCCUUCCGUAAACAAAAACAAGGAAAAGGAACCUUCUCAACAUGGCUGAGUCUUCGCAACCAGAAGACAUACACACUCGCAAACCCUCCGGUAUAAAUAUAUUCGGAAUCACUGGCAGCGGUUACCAUCAUCUAAUGCCACACGAAAUGGCCGAUCUUCACCACUCCGGCGUUCCCUCGCCGGAAGCAACUCAGACAAAAAUGAGCAGUCCUCCCGAGACACCGCAUUCCUUUCAUAACCUGCUUGGCGGUCACCCAGCCGGGAGUUCUUCUUCUAGUCCGCGAGCUGCUGAUUCCCAGGGAACUCCUGAGCCGUACUCUGAGAUCUGGGCUCCGUCUAUGCCGCGUGGUGAUGAGAAGAAGGAUAUGCCUAGGACUAUGGAGCGAGAAGUUAAAUUGAGUGAGGGAGGAAAACUUCCUAAGAUUGUGGAACCGAGGGGGGAUGCUAUGGAUGAUGAAUUCGAUGAUGAGAUUUUUUACAAGAAGUUUGCUGAGCCUCCAAAGGGCUGCUCAACAACACGAGAUAUUCACCAACCUAGAUCAAGUUGGCUCUCAAUUACUAUCUACGUUCUCUCAGUCUACUCAACAGUCGGCAGUGGAAUCUGGCUCGUCACAGCCAUUCUCCAACCACGAUGGGGACACAAAAUCGCCUCCGGAGCAUCCCUCUCACCAUCAACAGCAACGACCCUCGCAGCAUUACUAGCAAAGACCAUCGAAAUGUCCUUCGUCACUGUCUUCGUCUCAUGCUUGGGUCAAGUUCUCACACGACGAGCGUUUAUUCGAAAAGCGCAUGGGAUGUCACUUGCUGAGAUGACGAUGAGGAAUUGGGUUAUUCAGCCUGGAUCUUUGAUCACUCACUUCGAAACACUGCCUUCUUCGUCGUUGACGCUUCUUGGAAUGUUGUCGCUUACUGCUACGAUUGCAGCUGCGUUUUACACCACUGCUUCUGACGCGAUGGUUUCGCCGAAACUCAAGUCUGGGAGUUGGGAGCAUAAGGAACUUGCGGGUUACGUGCGCGCAUCGUAUGCUAAUGCAGCUUAUGUGCGUGAGGACUGUCCGUAUCUUUUCAACAUCACCGAAGACAUCCACGCCGCCGAGUCGUGCAUGAACGUUCAAUUCUCAGGACAAUCUUACAGGAAUUUACUCAACUAUAUGAACAUGUGGACAAACCUCAACCAAAACGGAACCGAAAUCUCAUCAGAUUUAAAGAAGCGACCCGGUGGAACUACACUUCUCUUCGACAACACUACGAUGUACUCGUCCUGGAUCGAGACCGAACACGGCGAUGUUGAAGCGCAGUUUGAGGAAACAGGCCGUAUUAUUAAUAAUGUCACUCUCGCCCUUCCUCACCCCGGCGUUUACGGUGCUUCAACUCUCAAAGCGAACGGAAUUCUUCAACCUGACGAUCUUGCUGGAGUUGGAGAAUAUACUGUUCGAGCUGGAGUUGUCUCGCCAUCUGUUAACGUUCUAUGUGUCGAUAUGGAUAAGAAAGAGCUCGCGCCUCUUGUUUAUACGACAUGGCCGAAUGCCAAAGUUAACAACACUGAUAUUCCUGGCCAAAAGACGGGAUGGCCUGGUUGGACGGGUGGAGUUCCUCAGCCAAUUGAUGGAAAGAACAAGAACUAUUAUCUCAACCGGACUGUUGUGGACGAUGUCUUCAGAUGGGGACCUAAGUACGAGCGUCGGCCUCCUGUCUUCCAGAUGUACCCCUUUGACUUCAACCUCCUCACCAACGCAACCGUCUACGCAGCAGACGCCAUCUACACCCUCGGCAAAUCAGCCGAGAGCAAGAACUACACCGUCUGUCAGCUUCGAUCAUGGGUAUCUCCCAAUUGUUCCACCGAGUUCAACAUCUCCGGUAUCGCUGGUGCCAGCAUGAAAGCUCACUGCGAAGACGACGCCGACGAAAACGCUUAUCGACGAUCAUUCCCUUCAGACCAAGGCUGGUCUGCUCCCUCUCUGGACUGGAAGUGGCUCGCUGAUCAAUGGCGACUAUCUAUGGAUCUCAACGGUGGUGCUGUUAACAACAAUGCUUCCAACGCUCGUAUCCUCACUCAACUCGCCCUUCACGAACCAAAGAUGCCUGCUUCUUAUCCCUCACUCGCUGAAGCUCUCGCCGUGUAUUCCAGCUCUCUCAUCAUGAUCAGUUCCAUUGACACGCCUUUCCGUCAUUACUGGGAUCAGGACCCAAAAGCCUAUCCUGAAAACGUCAUCCCAGCACCUGGCUUUUCCCAAGCCUUCAAUGCAUCUCUCAUCACACAAGAAUACACAUCCGGACACACACAACCAUGGCAGAACAUCUUUUACGUCGUUCUCGUUCUCGUCUUCGCCAUAAACUUAUUCUGUCUCGGCUACUUCAUCAUGCGCUCCGGACUAGUAACAGACUUCACAGAGCCGCAGAACUUAUUCUCCCUGGCGAUCAACAGUCCGCCUAGCAAUUCUUUCCACGGCAGCUGUGGUGGAGGCCCUGAGAAGAGACAUCUUGUUGUUCCGUGGAAGGUUGCGUAUGCGCCGAGUGCGAACCAUUAUUUCUUCCAGGAUAAUUCGAGUGGAAAGGAGACGUCUGAGGGGCUGAGUACGGCGAGGGAGUAUGGAGAACCGAGGGUGAGCAGUUACAAGAGACUUAGCAUGAGUAGGACUUGGCUAUAGAUGGAUCUGCGUGUGUCGUUGGAUUGUAUAAGCAAGCGUUCCAAAAUGCAUGGUUGGGGAGUUGUCGUAUUCAGCUGGGGGUCGAUACCACUACCCCAUAUACGUACAUAUACAUAUAUUAGAACAUAAUCAGAU